UGUGAUCCGUUUAUUUUCGUGAUCAAAUCUGAAAUAUCAAUAAAUCUGAAUGCUGAAGACUAUGCAUUGAAAUCCCAAAACUUCAUCCAACGCCAGCACCGUAUCUUUGCCAUAACAACUUUGAAUUAAGCUACAUGCAUAAUGGACUAUCGUUGGACCAAUGGGAGACAGGACACUGGCAGUGGCCGAGACAGGAGACAACAUAAAAGAGACCAGGCAUAUCAGGACUCCUUUGUUGAGAAUUCGUUGGAGGAUUUUCGUUUGCCGAUCAACCACAGGCCAACAGAGAAUGUUGACCUGGAAAAUGUAGAACAAGCAUCCCUUGAUACGCAGUUAACGUCAUCUAAUAUUGGCUUCAAGCUUCUCCAAAAGAUGGGUUGGAAAGGGAAAGGUCUUGGGAAGGACGAGCAAGGAAUCAUUGAGCCAAUAAAGUCGGGGAUGAGAGAUCCAAGACUUGGGGUUGGUAAACAAGAGGAGGAUGAUUUUUUCACCGCAGAGGAAAAUAUCCAGCGAAGAAAACUAGAUAUUGAGUUGGAGGAGACAGAGGAAAAUGUGAGAAAGCGGGAGGUGUUAGCAGAACGCGAACAAAAAAUUCAAACCGAAGUGAAAGAAAUUCGAAAGGUGUUCUAUUGUGAACUCUGCAACAAGCAAUACAAAUUGGCAAUGGAAUUUGAAGCACACUUGAGCUCUUAUGAUCACAAUCACAGAAAGCGUUUCAAACAAAUGAAGGAAAUGCAUGGUAGUAGUAGCCGAGAUGAUAGGCAAAAACGAGAACAACAGCGUCAAGAGAAAGAGAUGGCGAAGUUUGCUCAAAUGGCUGAUGCACAAAAGCAACAACGACUUCAACUGCAGCAAGAGUCUGGAUCAGCAUCAGCUUCGUCUGAAUCAAAAACUGCUACUGCACUAACAGAUCAAGAGCAGCGGAACACAUUGAAAUUUGGGUUUUCUUCUAAAGGCACUGCUUCCAAGGUCUCGGUUGGUAUCAAGAAGCCAAAUAUUGCAAAGAAAAAAAAUGUUCCCAUUUCAUCGAUUUUUGGCAAUGAUUCUGAUGAAGAAUAGUGGAACCUUACUCUUGCUGCUCUGACUCAGCAUGAUACUACCUGAUAUAUCCUCCAAGUGGAUUGGUUUAUGUGAAAUGUUGUAUUUGAUAUUUGUCAUAAUUGCCAGAUCAAGAACAUAAUAUUUGGGAUCUAUUGAUUCGGAGAGUUGGAAGUUGGGAGUUGGGUGAAAACAAUAUACCUGAAAGAAAUAUUAUUCAUGGGGCUGAAUUCUGUGUCAAAGGAUUAUAUAUGUGCGUGAAAGAAAUAUUAUUGAUGUGACGCUA